AUGAUUGAGGGAGAGAGUAUCCUGAUCUGUAAGCCAAGUGAGAGAAGUAAAGCUGUGACCUUAGUACAGUCUGAACUGCCACCUGUCAGAAGUUGUCUGAUCAAAAAUCAAGGGGAACAACUCAGUUCUAGCAUGAAAAGAGCCAUACUAGAGAUAGUUGUCAGUGGUGUGGCGGUGUCUGUGACAGAUGUGGCAGCCUAUGACUCCUGUACUAUGUUAGCGGCGUCCCUGGAGACCAGCUCUGACCAGACACAGGACAUGAUUGAUGCCUGUAUACAGUUCCUUCAGGACAACGAGUUUGUGUCUCUUCAGCAAUCUCAAACAGAAGUGCUUAUUUACUUCAGAGUGGGGAGGACCGGUUUCUUAACACAGCUCGGUGCAGCUGUACUAGCUUCCAGUCUGUCUCCAGAUGAGGGUCUGACUGUUUUUGCUGAACUACAGAGAGCUCGACAGUGUUUUGUUCUGGAGAAUGAGUUACACAUAGUCUUUCUAGUGAGUAAUGUGUUAGACAGUGUUUUGUUCUGGAGAAUGAGUUACACAUUGUCUAUCUAUCUAUCUAGUGAGUGUUGUGUUAGACAGUGUUUUGUUCUAGAGAAUGAACUACACAUAGUCUAUCUAGUGACCCCUAUCUACUCCCUAGACUUGGGGGCUAACAUGGACUGGUACAAGUUCUACUGCCUGUGGGACAAACUUUCCCCGGACAUGAAGAGAGUGGCUCAGCUGGUGGGGGUCAGUGAGGCAUUCCUCACCAGGGCCAUCCAGGGGAGGAUACCAACUAAAACAGAGAACCAGCUAAGGAGUCUGGCCAUACACAAGAGGUUCUACACGUGCCUGAUUCUGAGUGACCUUGUACAAGAAGUCCCCCUUGGGGAGGUGUGUCACCGCUACAGCUGUAAUAAAGGUCAGCUCCAGUCCCUACAGCAGACAGCCGCCACUUUUGCAGGUAUGGUGACGGUGUUUUGUGGCAGGCUGGGUUGGUAUAAUAUGGAGUUGAUUCUUGGUCAGUUCCAGCAUCGUUUGACCUUUGGAGUCCAGAGAGAGCUGUGUGACCUUGUGAGACUGACCUUGCUGAAUGGACAGCGGGCCCGAGUCCUGUACGAUGGGGGCUUCCACACUGUGGCAGCUCUAGCUAACGCCAGUGUCACUGAUGUAGAACUAAUUUUCAAGAAAUCUUCACCAUUUCAAAGCUCUAAGAGACAGGACAAUGAGACAGAGUGGGAGGCGACAAAGAGACAGGAGAGUCGCUGUAUCUGGUUAACGGGGCGUAAAGGUGCAACAGAGCGUGAAGCCGCAGAGGCCAUCAUAGAGGAGGCCAAGUCAGUCAUCCAACAGGAGCUGGGCGGACUGGGAAUCCAGUGGAAAAAUCCAGAAUCCAGGGACAUCCAGAGUGUGGGGUCAAACCUGGAUCAGAGCAAAAUGGAGUUUCAAGAUGACAAGAGGGUUCAGGGUUUAAACCGAAGUCAUGGUGGUAUGACCUUGGUAAAGCCAAAGGGAAGGAGGUCAGUGGGGAAGAGAAAAUCAGUGGGAAAGAAAAGUCCAGGACUCUCCAAGUCUGGGAUUUAUAAUGGAGAUGAUUCCAGAGUAAUAGAGAAGUCUGUUGUAGUCAGUCCACCUGGCAUCAGAGUACAACAGAACACACUGGGACACAAGAACAAAACAACCACAUCUGAUAGUAUGGGAAGCAUGAAUGAUGAUUUGAAAGUGGGGAAAGAAGAUUGUACUAAAUUGAUGACAAAACUUACAACCACAGCAGAAGUUCACCAUGUUCCACCAAAUCCUGUGGGAAAAAACUUUUUUGUUCCUCAAAUACACCAUUCUGAGUCUUGUGAAGAAACAAAUAAAGAGAUGCUACUGGAUAAAGUUGAGAAACAACGAAACUCCAAACAAAUAAAGUCAACUUCUGCCAAGACAUCUGAAAUUUCUUCAGGCACAAUGGAAGACAUAUCAGGAAAUGUUCACCCACUAGCUUUCCCAAAGUGUACAAGUGCCUCUAGUUCAAAUGCACCCAUUUCUCCAUGUUUAGAAACUUAUUCUUCAGUUGCUUCUUCUACUAAUGCCAUCAAAAUCCCAGCAUUGUCAUCUGAUUUAAUCAAGACAUUAGACAAUAUAAAUCAUGGAAAAGACAAAAGAGGAAAUUUUGAUGGGAAAGUUUCUUCAUUGGGCAUUCAUGAACCUAACUGUCUGAAGAAUCCUGAUGAUACAGCAAAGAAUCCUGAUGAUACAAUGGAUGUAGGUCAAGUAGAUUUCCCAGCAUUGGCUUCUGUGGCUUCAAAGGAACCAGUGCCCAGUACAAAUAAUAAAAAAUCUGGGUCAGAUUCAGCAAAAGCAGAUGUUGGUUCCAUUAAUGAAGAAGGAAGACUGUCUUCUGAAAAGAAAAGUUUGAAUAAAUGUAUGCAAGGAAAAGAUUUGUCUGAGGUGAGAAUUUGUGCUCAACCAUCCAGCCGUUUUACAGACGAACCAAAUAAUAAGGUCAGUUACAUAAAAGACAAACAAGUAAACUGUGUGGUACCUGUGUCAAGUGAAAGUGCAGAUGGUAGUAAAAGAGAGAAAAAUGGCAAGUGUGAAAAUAGAAUUGAAGAUAACGCUAUUAAUGAAUUGAAUGAUAAGUGUGAUAAAGAUUUGAAUCUAAGCAGUAGUCUGCUGUUGUCACAUGACAUAUCAUGUGACCUGUUACCAGCCAGUAACUUUGAGAGGUGUAUGAUAUCAGAUGACGAAUCAGAUGUCAGUAAAAAUGAGUCCUACAGGGACCUCCGAAUUCCUUACCUUAGUGGACAGGAGGCGUGUUUCCAGGGCAGUGAUAAAAAAGAAAAAGGCUCAACUCAGGUAGGCUACAGCCAGCUGUCACAGGACUUGAUGCUGGCACUGGAACUCAGUGAUACAUUCAAUGAGGACAGUGAUGGAACACAAACUAAAAUGUCCUCAGAAACAGGGAUUCUGUCAAAACGAAGUGAAACAAAUAAUUACUUAAAAAAUUGUGAAGUGAAAACACCUCAACAAAAAACAGGAGAAAAAGAGACAAGUGAUAGGGCAGAAGAAAUGAGUGACUCUUUAACUCUUUCCAUGUGCAAUAAAAAAUCAAAUGUAAAAUUGAGUGAUUCUAAAUAUACUAAGUUAAAAACAAGAGGGGCAUCACAAGUGAAAGACAAGAAGCUGAGUCCUGGGACACUAGCAUUCCUGGAUGAUCUUCACACCAGUAUAGACACCGACAGUGAUAAAUUAGUGGGAAAAUCACCUUCUCCAAAAAAGGUCUCUUCUCAGAAAACUUAACAUAAUAAGAAUGUAAACAGCCAAGGAAAAACUAAUGGAAGGAAAUGUAAAAGGAAAAGCUUAGAGAAGGCUGAAGGAGGUAAAGUUAAAAAGCCUAAAGAAGAUAAAACCAGAACUAAUGAGUGUCUGUCUCCUACCCCUCCAAGACCAGGUCUAAACUCCCCAAGGACAAUUGGAAAGACCACUCCCAAAAGUCUGAGGUCGAAAGAUCAAAAUGCAAGCACUGGGAGGGUCAGAAAAUGUAUUGACGUCACUGGAGCUUCGAAGAAAGAUAAAAAUAUGGUGGUGGAUAAGUGUUCCAAAGACAAAGGGGAAAUGCAGAUUAUGCACAGUGAAAAUAGGGUGGAAAAUCCACAUGAAGAUGGUGAAGUGCCAUAUGAAGAGAGGGGGCCAAUAGUGGACCCUAUUGAGACAGGCCUCCCUCCCUCUCAGGGGUCCUUCACUAUUAUAGAUGUGUGUGCUGAUGGUAGGUUGUUUGAGACGUUCCUUGCUGAGUGGAGGACACAGCCUGUGUUCUCUUUAUCUGUGGCCUGUAGGACCAAGCCUUCCUCCUCUGUCUCCUCUUCUGCUGGAGGAGGACAAAUAGGAGCCAAGUUUUCUAAAGGAGGGGCCACAGAUAAAAGAGGUAUGGGAUUCAAUGAGCCUGGAGUGGUCUCCCUUGGAUUACCUGUCACAGGUACUAACCUGUUAAUAACAGGUGUGUCAAUCAGCUGGGAAGACAGAGAUGCUUAUUUCAUUUCCUUGACCACAGGGAAUGCAGAGGAUGAAGAUGACCUUGACCUCUCACCCCCUGACCUUGAUAAAUCUCUCUCAGUGUUGGCUCGUCUGGCAGCCAUUAAACAGUCACUAGAAGAUCGAGACAACUACACAGUGAUAGCAAUGGAUGCCAAGUCCUGCUAUGGGGCCCUAGAGAGGGGCUGUGGUAUAAGUUGCCAGGGAAAGUUUCAGGACCCGAAGGUAGCCAGCUGGAUAAUGGACCCAGGGGCCAAUGAGAAGAAUCUUCACCGCAUGGUCCAUGAUUACCUCCCUUUAGAAGCAUUUCUCCUAGAAGGUAUUGGUGGUGGGGUGGGCUAUGGGAGUCUAGGAAUGUCACCUGAGAACCCUGGGACUGGUCGACUGCGGGCCUGUACCGAGGCUGUCCUACUGACCCACUUAAUCCAGUACCUCUCUCUCUGUCUGACCAAAGAGAACCUAAUGUCAGCCUACCACGACAUCGAGAUGCCAGCUGUCAUCACACUGUCUCGCAUGGAAAUGAACGGAUUUGGUGAGGACCAUAAAGAGUCUUCAUUAAGUUUUAAUGAUGAGGAGUGUGAGAGACAGAAGACAGUGAUGAUAGAACGACUCGCUGAACUUGAGAAUGAGGCGUACCAGCUAGUGGGGCACCAGUUUUCUCUGCCUUCAACUGAAGAUCUGUCACAG